AAAUAAAUGUGUUUAAUUUGUUAUUUCAAACAUAUUAAAUGUAUUUGUGACAUUUUUAAUCAAAUGUCUCGAUAUUCUAUAUUCUUUUUUUUUUUUUUUUCACAAUUAAUUAUUACUAGUCCUUAUACACUUGUUGGACGUGUUGGUCACACCGCAAGUUAUAUGGACAAUAAAAUUUAUUUUCUUGGUGGAAUGAUAGAAAAAUAUUCUGAUGAUACCAAUGAUUUUUUUUAUUUAGACGUUUCAAAACCUUUUAAUUUGGAUUCUACUUUACCAAUCUUUGAUUUAAGUAACGAUGCUCGUUAUAUUCAUCCUCAUAGUUAUGGGGUAUCAUCUAUUUGUGGUCCUAACAAAGAUAUGAUCUUUAUAAUGUGUAGAGCUUUUAAAGAUAGUUUUUCUUAUAGAUUUAUUAAUAGCGAAGAGUGGGUUCCGGGUACAGGUGCUACUGAUAUUCAAUGGUUAUCAGCCGUCUGUAAUGAAAAUGGAUCACGUAUAUAUAUAUAUGGUAGUGGAUAUGAUGAUAAUGAAUAUUUUAUGACUAUUUUAUAUACUACCUCCUGGAUUUCAGUAUUUCUUGAUAAGAAUAAUAAUAAUAUAAUGAAUUAUCUUUCUCUGGCGAUCUUAUUACCAAAAGGAAGAAUUGUUUAUAUCGGCAAUAGAUACAUUGAUAAUGAAUUGGUUAAUUUUCGGAAUAUUCAUAUAUAUGAUACCAAUGAUGGAACAUGGAUAAAUAUGGUAAAUAAUUUUAUAAAGGAGAUGCCAAUUUUUUAUUCUCUGCACAAAAUUUCACAAGAUGGUCUUAUUAUUAUAUAUGGAGGAAUAAAAGAAAUGAGACCUGUUCCUGAUCAAAUCUUAGUUUUAGAUACCAAAGUAAACCCUUUUACAUGGUCCAUUCCUAAUAUCGAUCCUGCACCUAGCUCUGCACCAACCAGUGGACAUACGGCUACUCUUGUUGGAAAUUAUAUGAUUAUUGCAUUUGGAAAUUACAAUCAUACUCCUCAAAAUAUAGUUUAUAGUGAUCAAAUUCAUAUGAUUGACGUGAGCGAAAAAAAUAAUUACAAGUGGGUUAAAAGUUUUACUCCAAAUAAUACCUAUACAAUUGAAUCAGCAAGUACAACUGAAUCAGAAAGUACAACUGAAUCAGCAAGUACAACUGAAUCAGCAAGUGCAACUAAAUCAGCAAAUGCAACCAAAUCACCUGGAGCAGCUCAUGCAGCAAUAAUAGGUGGAACAACUUGUGUUAUUGCAACUGUAAUAAUUAUUAUAUCUGUUAGUUACUUAUUAUAUCGUAGAAAGAGAACUGUUAUAUAUGCUCCCCAAGCUAAACAUGCAAUUAACUGUUAAGUUUUAUAGAGUGUUAAUGGGCGAUAAAAUACACUUCUAAUCUGUAAUAGUAAUUCUUUAUUUAAAAAAAUUUAUU